AGACGGACAGACAGGCAGACAGAAGAUAUGUGGACCCUCGGAAGGACGCACAGACAGAUGGAAGGAUGGAAGGACGGAUGGCUGAGUGAAUGGACGGACAGACGGACAGGCAGGCAGACCGAAGAUCUGGACAGAAGGACACACAGACAGGCGGGAGCACGGCCGGACCGCCGGACCGCCGGGCGGAUGCGCGCGCACGCGACCCCGCCGCGCGCGUGCGCGCCGCCCCUCGCGCGCGGCCCGCCCCGCCCUCGGCGCCCAUUGGCCGCUGGCGGGAGGGGGGCGUGUCCCGGCGGCGGCCCCCGCGCUGCCAUUGGCCGCGCGCCCCUUUGUGUGCCGGCCGAGCGCGGCCGCCGCCAGUCGCCGGCGCGUCCGGGGGGCAGAAAGGCCGCAGCAUGGUCCUGGUGCACGUCGGAUACCUGGUGCUGCCCGUCUUCGGCUCCGUGCGCAACAGAGGUGCUCCCUUUCAAAGGUCUCAGCAUCCCCAUGCUACCUCCUGCCGGCAUUUCCACCUGGGUCCCCAGCCUCAGCUCCCCGCCGACUUCGCCCUGCCUCACGCCGUGCAGCCGCAGCCGGGGCUGGCUCCCCACAUGGCCCCCGCGCACCAGCACAGCGGCGCCCUGCACCAGCCCCUGCCGCCCGUGCCCGCCCUGCCCUUCCAGGACGUCGCCGGGCCCUCCUUCCUACCUCAGGCGCUACACCAGCAAUACCUCCUCCAGCAGCAGCUCCUCGAGGCGCAGCACCGCCGGCUCAUGCCCCAUCCCAGGCGGGCCCAAGAGCGCAUGUCUGUCCAGCCGCACCGCCUGCACCCCAGCUUCGACUUCAGCCACCAACUGCAGACUCCACAACCCAUGGGGCCCCAGCCCAGGUACUUGGCAGAGGGCACGGACUGGGACCUCAGCGUGGACGCGGGGCUGACUCACGCCCAGUUCCAGGUGCGGCCGGUGCCCCAGCCCUAUCAGCAUUACUUGGCCACGCCUCGGAUGCACCAUUUCCCCAGAAGCACAUCCUCAACCCAGAUGGUUGUUCAUGAAAUCAGAAAUUACCCUUACCCUCAGCUUCAGCUGCUUGCUCUUCAGGGACUGAACCCAAGCAGGCACACAUCCGCUGUGCGGGAGAGCUAUGAAGAGCUGCUGCAGCUGGAGGACAGGCUGGGCAGUGUGAGCCGGGGCGCCGUCCAGAACACCAUCGAGAGGUUCACCUUCCCCCACAAGUACAAGAAGGCUAGGAAGCUGCGGGCCAAAUUUUCAAAGGGGUCUCAACCUUCUCCCACCCAGCGGGUGCAAUUUCCCCCCUGUCCGCACCUGAGAAGACCACAGGAAGGCAAAGCUGAGCAAGAUGAUGGCGAGGAGUCAGAUACCGACGAGAAAUGCACAAUCUGUCUGUCCAUGCUUGAAGACGGAGAGGACGUCAGGCGGUUGCCCUGUAUGCAUCUCUUUCACCAAGUGUGCGUGGACCAGUGGCUGGCCACCAGCAAGAAGUGCCCGAUCUGCAGGGUGGACAUUGAAACACAGCUCGGCUCGGACAGCUGAAAAGACUAGCUGGACACACCAUUUUCCUUACGAGGUCGUAUGGCCAUACACCCUUGCAGCGAAAUUUUUUGCCUUCUGAGCCAUUUGAUUGAGAGGGGAAGUCUGCAGGCACGUUAGUGAGGAGAAGGAGGUGGUGAUACAAUAUCUAGCAGUAGGAGAUAUUGCACAUAUACGCAGGAUACAGGCCCAGUGAAAGGGAGCUGGCAUUCCCGGAGCUCAGAGACCCCGUGCUGCAGAAGAUUUUAGUGUUGAAUAUGAAGGAACUAGUUGUGGUAGUCCGGCCUGUCAAUCCUGCUUUUAAUGGGGAUUGUAUAUAUACCUCUCGAAUAUGUAGAAACAUGUUAGGGGUCCUUUAGCUAUUUCUAUGGAUGGCAGCUGGAGCAUGUUAGCUUAAGAAAUGUUGUGUUUGAUGCCCUACUCAUCUUGUGGUGGACAUGUUGCUGUUACCUAAUUUGCACCAAAUAUUUUUUCAUAGACUCCUUAUUUUGGUGCCUGAUUAAUACAUUGCAGAGGGGUAAUAAAGAGGUCAAACUUUCCCAUCCUUGGGGUGGGGGAAAGAGGAGAAAAAGCAAAAUCCUGUUUACAGUCAGAAGGGUUUGCGCUCUUUGCCUCAGCCGCGUGUGCUUCUUUCCCUUGCAUUUACAGCGUGUUGCAAAUUUAGAGAAGCUUAAAGAGAAAAAAAAAUUGGGGAUAAAAUGAACGAAGCAAUAGGGAAAAGCUUCGUUCCUGCUUGUCUGCUGGUGCUGGACACUUUCUGUAGCGGGACAGUAUUUGAGUAGAUGCUGUUUCUUUGCUUUCUGUAUUUAACAAAGUUGCUUGUCAUAUCAAAAUCCAAGGAAGUUCUGUCUACACGAUUGCAAUUGUCCGUGAUGCUUUCUUCUGUGGCUGGUUGGCUUGGCCAGCGCCGCUCCAAAAAGCGACGGUUACGGGAGUCGGCGCAAACCGCUGCUCUUUUGGGGUGUGGUAACGCCGGAGAGGUGCAAAACUUCAGCUCUGCUCCCAUUGCAAAAGCACCUCUUGAUAACGGGAUGGAAGAAAACUCCAUGCUCACGAGACCCUUGGGCGUGGGAGGGGAAGGCAGGGUGGAGGUGGGGCUGCCUCUCUGGGGAGCCUCACCGCCGGGCUGUGACCCGUGCCCGCGUGGGCUCGUGCGCAGGCUUCAGGCCGUACCCACACGGAGUAAUCAGUGGUUGUUGAAAUGAAACUCAAUCACAUUAGCACUCCAAACAGAAUUAAGAGGUAAUACCCAAAGGAGUGAGCUGUUGUGAUCCAUGCUCCCCCUGAGAAAAAGAAAAAAAAAAAAAAAAGACCUCAGCUCGCAGGGAUCGGGCGGAAAAUCCUCGGGAAAACCGACAUUCACAACCAAAACCUGUAGCUUUCUUUUUUCUUUUCUUUUUUUUUCUUUCAUACUAAGGGAGAAAGGAGCUGCAGAGGAGCAGCAGGGGAAUUAGAAACAUAAUUCUGGCUCCCCUGAGCAUCUGUUUCGCUGGAGAGAAACGCUCUCCCAAGUAGAUUCAAUCAUAAACUAUCAUCUGAGAAACUGCAAGAUUCUCACGAGCUGUAAACUGGAAAACACCAACCUCAGAGGCACACAGAGGUGGCCUUUUUUUCCCAGUGAGAGAGGGGAGAGAAGGAGGGAAGCCCCACAUGUGUGCCCAUGCAGGUGGGAGGGAGUGGGAGGGGACAAAUGGUGACAUGCAGAGAAGAUCUAAGGAAGAAAUUCCUGGCUGUGAAGGUGGGGAGGCCCUGGCACAGGUUGCCCAGGGAACCCUGGAAAUGUUCAAGGCCAGGCUGGAUGGAGAGUGGAGUGACCUGGUCUAGUGGAAGGUGUCCCUGCCCGUGGUAGGGGGUUUGGAACAAGAUGAGCUUUAAGUCCCUCCCAACCCAAACCAUUCCAUGACUUUAUGACACAUUUGUCACUCAGCACAACUGACGGCUUCUUGGGGAAUGUGGUGGUCCCAGCCCUGAUGCCCAUGGGUCGAGGAGGGGCCCAUGGAUACCUAUGGGUCUUGCUCCAUCAGCAUUGAAGCAGCAUUACAAAUAAUACUAAUAAUACUAAUACCAUGACAAGCAAAGCAAGUCUUUGGUGGUAAAAUGCAAUCUGAGCAAGUCUGGUCUGCCCAGGUGUGACCUGGAGGGGAGAAGCAGGGAAAGUAACAGGGGGAUUGGUACCCCCACCAGAUGGGAAGGGAAUGAAGAAUGCUUCUGGACCGUGUAUUUUCUUUUAAAGCCUACGAGAAAGUGUUACUAUUUGCCUAAUAAACAAGCACAGUUUUUAAAAAAAAAUCGAUCAAACUUUAAAAAAAAAAACCAACCAACCAAACAAACAAACCUUUGGUGAAGAAAAGCACCAAACUCCCAUGGUCUCGUGUGAGUGACUGAUCCCAAGGUGCGUGCGAAUUUACAGUGUCUGGAGUUGUAUCGGUGUGUCAGGUUCCUUUGCAUUUAAAUAAUUUGUACAAGUAGGUUGCGAGUUAGAAUGAGUUUAAAAACGAAACAAAACAGACAUCAACAACAACAACAAAAAUCUAGAAACAUCAAUAGUUUACAGGGUUUUGUGAGUUUAAAUGCCUUAUAUUUAACAAUCAUAAUUUAUGACUAACUUGUAGAUAUUGUGGGUUCUUAUUUAAUUAUUUUUAUAGUUGUUUUUUUUGCAUUUUUGAUUAUAAUUUAUUUAUUUAGAAAUUACUACUAAUUUUUUUGAUUACUCCUAUUACCUCAUUUUUGCAUUGUUUCUGGGAAUGGAAUGCUUUGCAUGCAUUGGUACUUAAAAUAAAAUUAAACAGGGGAUGUUGGGGGGGUAAUGCUUAUCUUGUCAAAAACAAAAAAAAAAAAAAAAAAAAAAGAGAAAAAAAUCAGGGUGUGUGAUUACAAACUGUAUUACUGUGGUGCUGUUACCUUGGAUACAUUCCAUAAAAAUGCAAACCUUUGAUUCUGUAUGCUGUGACAUAGUGGAAAACUGCAAUAUAGUGACUGUGUUUAGCACAUAUAUAUGAAUAUUAUUUGCACUCAUAAUCAAACCCUGGUGAUCCUUUCACUUGUGUCCUUGUGCAUUGAAGGCGGUUAACGACGCUCUGCAUAAACCAAAAUGGUUUUGGUUGUUUCUUGGUACUGCCCCGUCCCUGUCUCCUCUGGUGAUGCUGCUGCUGCUGCUGCUGCUUGUGUGACCCUGCAAUAACACCCAGCAGGCCCCCACUGCAAGGCUGUGCUUGGGGCAAUGCAUGCCUUUAGUGCAAGACUCUGCAAAUCGUGUCAAAAGCCAAGGAAGGAAGCCCAGGGGUGGUGUCUCUGUAAUUUUUGGCGUCUGUCAGUGCUCGGUUUGGCUCUUUUCACCCUCUGUGUGUGCACCCAGCUGGGGUGAAGGAGGCAGUAGGGUGAGCCUGAGCUUGGAGGCAACAAAGCAAAACAAAACAAUGCAGUUUGUAGGGGCUGACUUCUUUACUCAGAGGCUAGGAAGGCUCUGGCACAGGUUUCCCAGAGAAGCUGUGUCUGCCCCAUCCCUGGCAGUGUCCAGGGCCAGGCUGGACAGGGCUUGGCGCAGCCUCGGAUGGUGGAAGGUGUCCCUGCCCAUGGCAGAGGUUGGAAUGAGAUGAGCUUUAAGGACCUUUCCAGCCCAAACAAUUCUGUGAUCCUGUGACACCAUGUCUAGCUGAGAGUGGUUGGGGUGGACACAGGAUCCAUUUGCCAUCUCUUUCCAACGCCUGCCAUGAGCACAGGCUACAACCCAGCUCUGAGACAUGGAGCAGAAGUGCUCAACACUCAUCUUGACCAGUUGGUUUCAUCCCUCCUGUACCAAUUUGGAGCUUUUUAAUCCAGUGUAGAGCUGGGACCUGCCCCAGAGCCCUCCUGCCCCAAGAAGAGGUUCAGCCCCAAACUGACACUGCCAAGCAUCCCCAUCCCGCCAUGGCAGCGCCGCUCUUGCAAUGCACUGCUCUUUCCCCAAAGGCUCCUGAGCAUCGCGUGUUCCAGCUUUGCCAGAGGGUUGGAGAACCUUUGAUAACAUUUUAAGCUUUAAGCCAUAACCAUGCUUGGUCAGUGCAGACGUUCAGCCGUGUACAGACAGAAGUGGGGUUUGAUGCAUGAGCUCAGCCAGUAGCCAUCCUCCCCACAAAAUGCUUCGGAUGAAAUUCUCAGUUGGGUUAGAAAGGCACAAAAUCACAGUACCUUAAUUUUUUUCUCUCUGUCCCUUCAGGGUGCUGCGCUGCUUUGUUGACUUUGCCUUACCCCGGGUUUUAAACCUGUCUGUGUUUUUUACCUUGCUGCUCUGUAACACUCCUCCCCUCUAGCCUGGAGCUGUGAUUUUGAGCUGUGUGGGGACAGGGGGGUUGGCUGUCCUCCCCCUCAAAGUCGUUGUAAGAGGGAUAAGCAAAACAUGGAGCGAGUGAACAAAACCCCCUCUCCUUUAAUGACCCAGGCAGGUGAAAGGAUCACCCACAUUUUUGUAUUCCUACUGCUGUUCUGUUGUGCUGUGCAACAUUUUGCUACAUAGACUAUUUUAUAGAAGAAAGCUAGAAAAAUAUUUAUUAUUAAUAAUAAAGCAAUAGUGCAUUGAAGAAAUGGAAAGACAUUAGAAAUUGUGUAAAUGCUUAGAUUCACUUUUGGUGGAUUUUUUGUACUUUAUUUAUAACUAAUAAAACAAACCGCAUUGCUAACUAUAAACCUGUGCCACGCAGAAGCCAC